AUGGCCAUAGAGAAGGACUAUGAUGUCUUGGAGCGCCUGGGCGAGGGAGCAUUCGGAAAAGUCUACAAGGCAAGGCACAAGAAGACGGAGGAGUUGGUCGCUGUAAAGCAGAUCAAGCUGGGUGCCAAAUCCUGGGAUGAAGCAUGCAAGUCGACAGAGCUGGCGGCUCUGCGACAGUUGCGCCAUCCCUUCAUUGUCCGACUCAAAGAGCUUUUGCGGAACCAGCUGGACGGAAGUUUGUACUACAUCUUUGAGUACAUCGACAGCGAUCUUUGCCGGCUCGUCAGGCAGAACCCAUCCGGCCUGGACGAAACCUUUGCCGCCGGUUUGGCCCGGCAGCUUUUCGCAGGCCUCGCGCACAUUCACCAACACAAUUUCUUUCAUCGUGACAUCAAGCCCGAGAACGUUCUCUAUGAGACGAAGAGGGAAGUUGUUCGAAUAGCCGACUUCGGCGAAUCCCGGUCUCUUCGAGCAAGGCCACCCUUCACGGACUAUGUGGGUACGCGAUGGUACCGAGCUCCGGAGUGUUUGCUGAGAGAUCGGGGCUAUUCCUCACCAGUGGAUGUUUGGUCUUCGGGUUUGGUUUUCGCCGAGCUUCUGCGCGGGUCUCCCGUGUUCAUGGGAUCCUCGAGCAUGGACCAGCUAUACAAGAUCUUCUCAGUCCUUGGGCAGCCAAUAUCUGAUUGGCCUGAAUUCACUCGUCUGGCAGAGGCCUGCCGGUUUCGAGUGCCAUCAUCAUCAGGUGCUGGGCUGCAGUCCGUGAUCCCCAGAGCUUCCAGCCGUGCCAUUGCCGUUCUUUCAGAGAUUCUCCUACUAAAUCCACGGCGCCGACCCAUGGCCAGGAAGGUUCUGGAGCACGGAUUCUUUUCCAUACUUCCUCCAAUGGACCUGGACCGACUGGAUACCAGUCGCUCUACGGGUGGAAACUCUGCUGCCGCCCUUUCAGCAGCAUUCUUGUCAGAGCGCUGCGACUCUCGCCACUCCUUCCAGAUGAACGAGGCACCACCGACCGGAUCUGGAACGGCACAGGCUUCUCGCCCGGAAACUCCAGUUUUGCCUCCGCCUGCGCCAGCUCCGCCGCCCAGCCGCCCGAAGAGCGAGGUCUGUGUGGACGAUGUGGAUCUGGAUGCAGAGCUGGAUAAGAUCCUUGGAGAUGCACCGCACAGGCAUGAGGACCCGGAGGUGAUCGACCCCCAAGACUUUGCGCUGCGUGCAGCUGGCAGCAAUGACAGCUUCGUCCUGGAGCCAGAGGCGAGCCCGGUACCUGUCAGCACAGAACGCGAGCGGGCAGGCUUCCCAGACAUUCCGCCACUUCACAUGGGCAGUGCUUCCAUGGCCAACUCACGCGCAGCCUCACCGGAUUCGCGAGGUGACAUCAUGGAUGCCUUGCUCAAUGACCUGAAUGACCUGGGCGUUGGAGAUGACUUGGCACCCAGUUCGGCACGGCUCUCGCAAAGCCUGGCGCCACCUGCUCCUUACAGCAUCGGCCUGGAUGUGGAGACCUCGGCCUCGACGUGGAGCCCUGAAGAGUGCAUGGAGCUCCGUCGGCUGGUAAAGCGCGUCGUCCGAUCUGGCACCUCCGACAAAGAGCAAAUCUGGCUUCAGGUGAGCAGGGAGAUGGGUGGACGCUACAGUGCUCGUGAGUGUAAGCUCCAGUACGCCCGAGAUUACAAGGCAGACAAGAUGAGGAAGCAAGCUUCUGGGCAGAAUAGGAUGCUUGCUUCCUUGGAUCGUGUGCCAUUCUGCUUGCUGCUGCCUGGGCCGAGGCAAUGGCAGUCGGGUAGGCUGCAAAAUCUGCGACCUUUUUUCAGCGACCUACUGGCAAAUCCAGUAUGGCUAGCUCAACGGCUCCACAGGCAAAGCUCCAAUGCGAGCGAUACCGCCCAGGCAACCAGGAUUCAUUGGUUUGCCUCUGAAUCAGCCAAGACCCUGUGCCAAGUCCGUCAGCUGCUGCAAAAGACAGAACUGUUGUCCCAGCUUGCACGCCUCUGCCUGUACAGGACUUGGCCAGAGUUUUCGAUAUGA